UUGAAACAACGCAAGAUGAGAGCUACUAUUUUCGCUUCCUUCAGCUUGCUGCUGCUGCUGCUGGUGGCUGUGCCAGCUGUGGUUUAUGCUGCUGCCAUAUUCGAGGAACUGAAUAUCAAUACACCAUUAGCACAUGAGAUUAUGCGGCACGCGAAGGCCGCUGGCAUGAAAUCCUUCAUGAAUACGAGUGUGGCGCCGUGCGAUGAUUUCUAUGGCUAUGCGUGCGGUAGAUUUAACCUGAUCGAUGCGGCCACAGAGGAAACGUACAAUAAAGACAUAUUUCAGACACUGAACGAGGGCUAUCAGCGUCGCUUGCGCCAGCUGCUCAAGGAGCCAAAGAUGAGCAAUGACAGCCCCACAGAGACGCGGGUCAAGUAUUUCUACGAGUCCUGCCUGAACACAACAACACUUAGGUUGACUCAACGCCCCCAUUUGCUGAGCAUACUCAAAGAGUUUGGUGGCCUGCCAGCGUUGGAGGGCAGUGCCUGGAAUGAGUCCAUGUUCGACCCGAUUGAAAUGAUGGCGCGUCUGAUGAAUCGUUAUGGGAAGGCAACGCUGCUGAAUGUCCAGGUACGACCGGGGCUGGUCAACAGUCAGAACAAUCGCCUAUAUCUGGGCCAACGGGAUGAUUUGCCCAGCAGCAAAAUCAUUGCUUUCAGCCAAGCGGUACUGAAGCAAAAACUGGGAAAGCUGCUCGGGCUGAGUGAGAAAAGUGCACAUGAAACAGCUGCUGAAAUAAACAAAAUUAAUGUGGAGCUGGCACGCGGCAAAAUUGAGCCGCGGGAGGAGUUGCCACCAGAUCAGAUGAAUCGCAUGCGCCUGCUGGAUGAUAUGAACGAUAGCUAUGGCCCGAUCUUGAAUCUCACGCGAUUUGUCCAACUCUGGCUGAAGCACGACUAUCAGUUGCCAGUGUACGAGUACGUCAAUAACUAUUUUUGGCAGGUCAAGAAGAUAUUAACCCAGACGCCAAAACGUGUUCUUGCCAACUUUAUGCUGUCAGCAUUGAUAACCGAUUACGAUCUGGAGUUAUCUGAUAAUCAGGAUAAACAGGAUGAGGUGUGUGCGAAGCAGACCACAAAACUAUUUAAAGACUUUGUGGAUCACAUGGUGUACCGUUCGUUGGAGAAACAGAAUCCCGAUAUACCCGGCAAUAUGCGUCAGCUGUGGCAGGAGCUGAAAGUUGCGUUUAGCAACAUUCUCCUCUCGCCAAGCAGCAGUUGGCUUGGCGAGCAGACGAGAGACGAGGCGCUGGCUAAGCUCAAGGCCAUGAGUUUUCACAUACUUGGAUCGGAGGCGCCGGAAUUUGAGAACUAUUAUGGCGGAUUGGUAAUCAGCACAGAUGACUACUUUGGCAAUGUGCAACGUAUACUGGAGUUGCGGGCGCAGCGUCUGCGUGAGAGUCUGCAACAGACGCCAAGCUUGAAUUAUUAUGACGAGAUAAAUUUGUCGCCAACUUAUGAGGCCGACUUCAAUCGGGUGUUAAUCCCGACCAGCUUUAUGCAGCAUCGCUAUUUCUUUGACGAGGUCUAUCCCAUGGCACUAAAAUAUGGCACCGUUGGCUUCUCAAUGGCCCACGAGAUGGCCCAUGGCUUCGAUGAUCUAUCGCGCACCUUUGAUGGCCAAGGAAAUCUGCGGGACUGGUGGGAUCGCAACGCAACGGAGCAGUUCGAACAGCGCAGGCAGUGCCUAAUGGAUCAGUUCAGUGGGUUUACCUACAAUGGCGAGCGACUCACCAAGAUGCAGAUACAGGCCGAGAAUAUAGCGGAUAAUGUGGCCAUCCGCAUUGCACAUGCCGCAUAUCUAAGCUGGCUGGAGCGAUCGUCGCUGGAAGCGGAGAAAUUGCCACUCAUGUCGCAUACGCCGGAACAGCUGUUCUUCCUAUCUCUGGGGCAAAUCUGGUGUUCGGAUUUGUGGGCCGCGUUACGGCAUUGGGUUGCCAUUACCGAUACACAUGCACCCCACAAGGUCAGAGAUUAUGCUAUUAUGGCCAACUCUGAUGGAUUUGCUCAGGCCUACAACUGCCAGCAGGGUGACCACAUGAAUCCCAUUCACAAAUGCGUUAUCUUCUGAUGAUGCCCUUCAAUUGAUUAGAAGCUCUACUUAUAAGCUCUGUUUGUACUUGAAAUAUGUAUACUAAACCUUCA